AUGUCAAACAUCUUAGAAAAAUCCCUUGACGAUAUAAUUGGAGAAAAAGAACAAAGUCAUAGACGAUUCAUACCUACUCGAAGAAGAGGCGCUCCAUUACCUAACCAUCACAGAUCAUCUAGAUUCCCACCAUCAAGACCUUCUUCAAGACCAAUACCUAUCAAUCAUAGAGAAACUAGAGAUUCAAGAGAUAGAGACGUAUACAUUCCACGAUCAUCAUCCACAACUUCCUCGAGCAUACCAAAAGACGUAUUACAACUAGCUAAUGGAAGACCAACAUUAAGAUUGAAAAACAUUCAUCCAGAAUUAAAUGGAGAAGAUUUAAAUAAUUUAUUUUCAACAAUAAGUGCAGUAGAUUUUAUAAAAUUCGAUGAUUUAAAUGAUACGAUAGCGUAUAUAUGUUUCCAACAAGAUAAUGAUAGAUCUAAUCAAGAAGCUAUAAUUAAAUAUGAUGGUAAAAAGGCAAUGGGUAAAAUAUUAAUUGUUGAAAAUACUACAAGUGUUAGUUUAGCUGAUAGAAUAAAAUCAAACCCAAUUCAUAAAAAAGAAAAUUUUAUUACAAGUGUUAGACCGAUAUCAAGAGGUGGAUAUAGAGGUAAUAGUAGAGGUAUAAGAGGUGGUAGUAAUGGUGGAGUUUUCAAAAAUAGAAUAACUCCAAAUCCAAAAAAGAGUGCUGAUGAUUUAGAUAAAGAAUUAGAUUCAUAUAUGAAUCCAAAUAAAAACAAAAGUAAUGGUAAAAAAAGUGCUGAUGAUUUAGAUAAAGAAUUGGAGAGUUAUAUGAAUACAACAAAUAAUGAUGAAAUGAGUGUAGAUUAA